AUCCAAAGGCCACUCAAAAUAGUUACGAAUGACACAAUGAAAGGCUCAAAAUUUAGCUUCAGCCGCCACACACGUUCACCGAAUGCAAGAGACGAAAACAGCACAAGUCUCUCUUUUUCUCUCUCAAUCAGAUGAAGGGCUGAAAUCUUGGAUACCCUUUGAGCAUUAAAGGCCAUGGCUUUUCUUCUAUCUAACCUCAAACCCUCUCUGCUUCCCCAAACCAAAUCAAAACCCAUUUUCCAAACGCUUUCAUCAGCAAAAGCAACAACUUCUCAGGGUACUUCUUUGUUCUUCACCUCAUGUGCUACUCCGCUUUCCACCCUCCAAACUCCCACUGCACAGGUUGCUCUGGGGAGCACACCAACAACUGGUGCCAAAGAUGAGCAUCAGCAGCAAAAGGAUGACUUUUAUCUCAAUCUUGGCCUUGCUGUCAGGACCCUCCGAGAGGACAUGCCCUUGAUCUUCGUCAAAGACCUCAAUUAUGACAUCUACAGGGAUGAUAUAACAUUCAAGGACCCUUUGAACACAUUUACUGGUAUUGAGAAGUACAAAUUGAUCUUCUGGGCAUUGAGGUUUCAUGGUAAAAUUUUGUUCCGUGAGAUUGCUCUGGAUGUGUAUAGGAUAUGGCAACCUUCAGAGAAUGUGAUAUUGAUUAGGUGGAACCUGAGGGGUGUGCCUCGGGUUCCAUGGGAGGCUAAAGGGGAGUUUCAAGGCACAUCAAGGUACAAAUUGGACAGAAAUGGGAAAAUUUAUGAACACAAAGUUGAUAAUUUAGCAUUCAAUUUUCCACAGACCCUCAAACCAGUUUCAGUUUUGGAUUUGGUCACUGCCUGCCCUGCAAGUCCAAAUCUAACAUUUUCUUGGGGUUCUGUGGAUUCCAACACUUCUUCAUGGAUAGAGUUUUAUCAAUCUGUUAAGGGCACAUUGGAUCAAGAAGAGGGGUUGCUGCCACAAGAUUGUGUGGCUACAUGUUCAUGGUGACCACUUUUAGCAUAAACUGUUCCAUAGAUGAUAUAUAUUAUAUAUAUAUAUAUACACUAUAGAUUGUAAUAGGUUGGUUAGAUAUGAUGAAAUUUGGUCAAUAGCAUAAAAUGGUUUUUCUCUAAGGAUAAAGUGUAUAUAGAUAUAGGCAGUGAUGCAGAAGAGUACAAGUUGCCAAUUCUGAUGUUGGAGGAAAUGAAUGUUUUUAUGUCAGGUGAGUUUUCACAGAUGAGAUAGAUCUAUAUGCUAUAAUCAGAAUUUUAUAAUGCAGAAUUGUUUUGAUUCUCUUA